CAGACCAGCACGUUGCCCCGCCCCGCCCCCCCUUCGUCGACCUCCUCCGCUCGCCAUUUUCACCAAUCUACCACGCCAUUUCUUUAAUUGCCUCCCUCACCCGUUUCUGCGUCGCGUCUUCCUGCGGCCUCAUCCAGCCAGCCUUUAAUGCCACACCUGCAACAUCCACCACCUUCCUUUCCCCCUUUUCCUUUUACUCCCAUCUCCUCUCUCUCUCCCUCCUCGGGUUCCCCUUCGCCAUUGCUGCCACAGGCUGGAUUCUUCUCGAGCUUUGCUACGCGCGGUUGGUUCUUGCUUGCAUUUUCCGGUUCUUUGCUUGACGAAUGAGUGGAUGGAGCUUCUGCUGCACAAAGAGGGAGAAGGAUUCGUCUACAGUUGCUGAUGCCUAGGAGUGCUCUACUCUGAUGCGGUACAGCUCCAAAUUUUAGCACACUGCCGCCAUGGUUUCCACUGGUCUGAGUUUAGAGAUGACGAAGAAGGUUCUUGGCCUGGCAUUGUGGGUCUGGAUUGCAAUCGGUGUAGUCGCUCUCCUGGUGGCCAUUCUGCUGAUGAUAUGUAUCUGGGCGGCGUCCCGUCGCAAGACAAAGAGAACCAUGGAGAACUUGAGCCAGACACAGAUCCCCAUCUACUCCAAGGAGAUCCCGGUAGACAGGGUGGGCGGUGGGCGCAGCCUUGCGCAAACGAUGCAUGAACGUGAGCAGCCUAGCUUCCCAACGCAGGACAAGCACGCCGUGAAUCGGGAGCCGGGGAAGACAGUGGGGCAUAUGGCACUGAGCAAGUCCUCGGAUCAUGAUAACGUGAGCCAGGGAAGCUCAGUGUGCAAUGUGGACCGGGUUGGUAGUGUGCAUUCUGGUGAAGAUGGCGGCUCGGGGCAAGGCAGGAAACCGUAUUCUCCUGCGGCGUUCGUCUCCGCGUCGCCCCUCGUUGGCCUUCCCGAGUUCUCUCAUCUUGGUUGGGGUCACUGGUUCACUCUGCGCGACCUUGAAUUCGCCACCAAUCGCUUCUCAAAGGAGAAUGUGCUUGGAGAGGGUGGUUACGGAGUUGUGUAUCGUGGCCGUCUGGUGAAUGGAACCGAGGUUGCCAUAAAGAAGAUUUUUAACAACAUGGGGCAGGCGGAGAAGGAAUUCAGAGUGGAGGUUGAAGCUAUUGGCCAUGUACGACAUAAGAAUUUGGUCCGUCUGCUGGGAUACUGUGUUGAGGGAGUGAAUAG